CCUGACUCCUUCCUCCACCGAGCAUCCCUUGACUGCUGCCCCAGGCUCAGAAGAUGGAUGCUCCAGCACUGAGCUGGCGUGUGAAUCGCUCUCUCCUCCUUCCCCUGGACUCUGCUCCACAUCCUGAGCUCAGACUCGACCUGCUCAGCACAAAAGCCUCCUGCCUGCAGCUGGCUGCCACGAGGAACGUGAACAUCAUCCUGCAGCACUACAACUUCUCAGGCAAGCUCACCAACAGGCAGUCUGGGGAUGAGGGCAUGGGGCUGGUCCGCACCACCUUCGCCAUCAUCAGCUGCAUCAUCAUCCUGGAGAACCUGCUGGUGCUGCUGGCCGUGCUGCGCUGCUUGCGGGGCCGGCGCUGGGUCUACUCCUGCAUCGCCAGCAUCACCCUCAGCGACCUGCUGGCAGGGAUCGCCUACCUGUGCAACCUCUGCCUGUCGGGCAGCAGGACCUUCCAGCUGUCCCCACAGCUCUGGUUCCUGAGGGAGGGAAUCCUCUUCAUCGCCUUGGCCGCCUCCACCUUCAGCCUGCUGGUGACGGCCAUCGAGCGCUACAGUGCCAUGGUGAGGCCGAUCGCGGAGAACGAGGCCAGCAAGACGCUGCGGCUGCGCGGCCUCAUCGUGUCCUGCUGGCUGCUGGCCUUCGUCAUCGGGCUGCUGCCGCUGCUGGGCUGGAACUGCCUCUGUGACUUCCAGGCCUGCUCCGUGCUCCUGCCUCUCUACUCCAAGAACUACAUCCUCUUCUCGGUGGUUAUGUUCAGCAUUAUCCUCCUGGGCAUCAUCGGCCUCUACAUCUCCAUCUUCCACCUGGUGCAGGCCAGCUCCAGGCAGAGCAGCUCCCGGCACGGCCGCAGGCGCUCCCUGCGCCUGCUGAAGACGGUGCUGAUGAUCCUGGGAGCCUUCAUCCUCUGCUGGAGUCCCCUCUUUGUGCUGCUGCUCUUUGAUGUUUUCUGUGAGACCGGGGCCUGCACCCACCUGCACAGCCUGGACUGGACGCUGGCUCUGGCCCUGCUGAACUCGGGGGUCAAUCCUGUCAUUUAUUCCCUGCGCAGUGUGGAGGUUCGCCGUGCCGUGGGGAGCCUGCUGUGCUGCUGCUGUGUCAGGGUUGGGCUCUGCAAGCCUGGCAGCUGCAUGGUCAUCUCAGACAUCAAUUCUGGCUCCUCCACGGAGAGCUCCCUGCGCUACCGGGACAGCUUCCGCAGCUCCGUGGCCUGGAAUGCUCGGCCCAGGGCACCUCUGUCCAGCAACUCCAGCAUGAUGAGCAAUCUCCCCAGCCUGUGA